GACACCAGAGUUUCUCCUCAACCUCUGCACGACUCUCGUACUUCGAUCUCAGAAGUACUUUAGCCCACCCACCUAGUUCGUGUCAUCAAUCCAAAACUUCAAGCAUCAUGUCUGCACCUGUCGAGAGCGUUACCGCCCAGUUGGCAAACACCACCCUCAACGAGCCUUCCGCCGCUGCGGAGGGCGACAAGUCCACCAGCGCUGCCCAGGAUGAGGCAGUCAUCGCCAGCGCUGCUGAGGGCAGGAGACUCUAUAUCGGGAACCUCGCCUACGCGACCACCGAGGGGGAGUUGAAGGAGUUCUUCAAGGACUACCUCGUCGAAUCUACGUCUAUCCCCACCAACCCUCGCACUACCCGCCCCGUCGGCUAUGCCUUCGUUGAUCUCUCCACUUCCAACGAGGCCGAGCGCGCCAUCCAGGAGCUGAACGGCAAGGCCAUCCUUGACCGUAAGGUCUCCAUCCAGCUUGCCCGCAAGCCGGAGGCACACGAGGGAUCUGGCAGCGGCGCGGAGGGCGCCAACGGCGAGACUCGUCGCCGCUCUUCUACCCGUGGCCGUGGUCGCGGACGUGGACGCGGUGGACGUGCCGGCCGUGGCGGCCGCUCGCAGAAGGACGGCGCCGAGGGCGCUGAAGCCGUCGAGGGCGAAGCCGCUGCUCCUGCCGAGAGCGCACCGACAAAUGUACCCGGCCAAGUUAUUCCACUCACCGAAACAACGAACGAAUCACUUACAACCGAGAAGGGCGCUGAGACUGAAGCCACUGCCACCGCUAAGUCCAGCAAGCCUCGCGCUCCCCGCGAGCACAAGCAGCGUGGUCCUCCCGAGGAUGGCGUUCCUUCCAAGACCAAGGUCAUGGUUGCCAACCUGCCGUAUGACCUGAAGGAGGACAAGCUCUUGGAGAUCUUCAAGGACUACGAACCCUCUUCCGCCAAGAUCGCUCUCCGUCCCAUUCCCCGCUUCAUGGUCAAGAAGCUCCAGGCCCGCAACGAACCCCGCAAGGGCCGUGGCUUUGGCUUCGUUACUCUGGCUUCCGAGGACUUGCAACAGAAGGCCUGCUCCGAGAUGAACGGCAAGGAGAUUGAGGGCCGCGAAAUCGCUGUCAAGGUCGCCAUCGACUCUCCCGGCAAGGAGGAUGACCACCCCGCGACCCACACCGAGGGAGAUGAGGCCACCACAACUGCCACUGAGGCCACCACCGAGACCCCAGCUGCUGUCGAGGCUACUGCUUAGACAAACUUCCAGCACCCCGGGAGCAAGCCGGUGAAUAUCUAGUUGUGCCUUCACUGGCAACAGCUACGCUUAUGCAUCACGUUUAGUUUCCCGCGUGGAGUUUGUUUAGGAAUGUUGGCGGACUGGGGUGGUAAGGUAUCUUACUUUUCUUCUCGGCGGGUUUUCCUUCUCACGUCUUGUCUCAUUGCAUUUCGGGGGAAUAAAAACUAAACUUU